CCGAGCACCGCGGCGCACCGGCUCCGUCCCGGCAGCACGAAGCCCCGGCGAGCGAACCGAAGCAGAGCGACCCUCAGCGCCCAGCCGCCGCCAUGAUGCCGCGCUGCAGAGUGAACCUCAGCACCAUGAUCUUCCUGGUGAUCCUGCAGGGGGCGGCCGUGGUGCUGUUCUGCGGCUGGUACGUCCAGCUCAGCCCCUGUGGCUCCGCCCCCUCCAACGGAAAGGUCCACGUCCUGCUGCUGUCGUCGUGGCGCUCGGGCUCGUCCUUCCUGGGCCAAGUGUUCAGCCAGCACCCGUCCGUCUUCUACCUCAUGGAGCCGGCCUGGCACGUCUGGACCCGGCUGCAGAAGCCCGGCGCCCGGUCGCUGCGGAUGGCGGUGCGGGACCUGCUGCGGAGCGUCUUCCAGUGCGACCUGUCGGUGAUGGAGGCCUACCUGCCGGAGAACCACAACGUGUCCUCCCUGUUCAUGUGGAGCCACAGCCGGGCUCUGUGCUCGCCGCCGGCCUGUAACCUGACGCCACGGAACCAGUUCAGCAACCAGACCCAGUGCAAUCAGCUGUGCAACGCUCAGGGCCUGCAGCGGGCCGAGGCGGCCUGCAACACCUACAGCCACGUGGUGCUGAAAGAGGUGCGCUUCUUCGAGCUGGAAUCCCUCUACCCGCUCCUGCAGGACUCCAACCUGGACCUCCGCAUCAUCCACCUGGUCCGAGACCCGCGGGCGGUGGUCCGGUCCAGAGAGGAGUCCGCCAAAGCCUUCGUGAGCGACAACGCCAUCGUGCUGGAGCAGAGGAGCAUCCCGGCCGCCGAGGUGCAGUAUCAGGUCAUGCAGGAGAUCUGCCGCAGCCACGUGCGCAUCAACGAGCGCGCCGUCCUGAAGCCGCCCCCGUUCCUGAAAGGCCGCUACAAGAUGGUCCGCUACGAGGACAUGGCGCGCAACCCGCUGGAGGAGAUCGCCGCCAUGUACGAGUUCGUGGGUCUGGACACGACGCAGCAGCUGGAGGAGUGGAUCUACCGCGUGACGCACGGGAAGGGCAAAGGCACCAGGAAGGAGGCCUUCAAGAUCACGUCGCGCAACGCCGCCGACGUGUCGCAGGCGUGGCGCACCCUGCUGCCGCACAGCAAGGUCAGGCGCAUCCAGGAGGUGUGCAAGGGCGCCAUGUCGCUGCUGGGCUACAGGACGGUCAACAGCGAGAAGGAGCAGAAGAGGCUGGACAUCGACCUGCUGGUGCCGCGGGAGCCCUACCAGUUCAGCUGGUUACCGGCCAAGACCCAGCAGCCCAGCAGAAGAUAAAACGCGAGGAGACUGAACCGGACUGGGGUGGUGGCUCCACCAGGCUGUGGAGGCCCAUUCAUGCUUUCUGCAUCCUGCUGUCCCGACUGGACUGAUUCUAUCACAAUUCAUCAGGCGGCUGGUUCCCUCUCAACACAAACCCUUCUGACGGGCUGGGACUUCACUGCUGGCUGCAGCACCAGUCAGUGAACAUUG